AUGAGCAAGAAGGUGGCUGGCCAAUAUGGCUUGGUUUUCGCAGCUUCGGCACAGACUGCCGACGUGGUUUUUGCUUCAUCUCGUGAUAAGAAGGUGAAGAAGGACCUGGCAAAGGGAAGAGCUGCCAUUCUUCUCAUGCGGACGGACUCCAGUACCAUGGGCAGUGACCACGAUCUACUGGAUCAUCCUCGUGUUAUUGGGAUGUUUAGGGAAUUCGCGCUGCGGAGAAGGGAACAGUAUUCAUGGCCCUGGUUCAAAAGCAGAAUCCAUUACUUCAAGAUAUGCAAUUCCACGCGCUUUCGAACAAAUCCGAUCUGUGAUCGUCCGAAGCAAUUCAAACCCAAGCACAAUGUUCGGGCCGGGGUCGACAAAAUUCGCGUGGUGAACUUGAUCUGGUGGCAGUACUUCCCGAUCUUGGAGAAGCCCAUCCAGGACUUCGAUGCUGAGCCGGACACGAUCUUGGACAAGCCGCGGCCCAUCGAUGUGUUCGUGGCCGUGCACUUGCGAAAUGACGACCCGUACUCCUUGCAAAGAUCCGCUCUCCGAGAGACCUUGGCCGAUCCGUCGCUGUCCGGGCUGAAGCAGGUGCAAUACUUCUGUUACGAAGGGGAGUCGGAACACUGGAAAGCCACGUGGAACAAGGUGGUCCGUGGGCUCAACUGCCUGAAAGGCGACCAGUACAUGAGCUAUUUGCGACAAAGUAAGAUUGUCGUUUGCGCCUGGGGAUUCGGAGAGCGAACUGGCUGCGAGCAUGGCGGCUGGGUUCAUGGAGCUUUGGUGGUGAAGCCUCAGUCGGAUUGGGUACUCUCACUGCCGGAUAUGUACCGAUCAAAUGCGACUUAUGUAGCUGUGAAUGCCGAUUGGAGCGAUCUGCCUACCACUUUGCGGCAUGUGCUGGCUAACUACGACGGAUACAGAGGCAUGCGCGCCUAUGCGCGCCAGACGUUCCUUCGAAACGCCACGCAUAAGAAGUUCCUGGACCAUUUCUGGACAUUCGUAGCAAAUCCCUUGUAUUUUGCAGGCGAAGUACCUGCGCUGCUAUCGAAGAGACAGACUGGGGAGGAUGCAAUAGGUGAAGGAAAGGGCUGGGGCUGGGGGUGGGGCCCGAUGCCCUGGUUCCCGAAGGGAUUCGGCAAGGGCAAGGGCUGGCGCCGUGGGCCCAGGAUUGAUCCCGCCAUGAAGAUCUGGAUCGGGAACCUCCCGGAGGAUGCCACAUGGAAGGACCUCCAGACCCUGGGAAACACCGCCGGCACGACGCGCUGGGUGGAGGUCUUCCAAGGAAAAGGCAAGGGAACCGGAAUGAUUGCCUACAAGACAGCCGAAGAGGCGGCAGCAGCCAUGCAGUCUCUUCCCGGCCAGACCAUCAAUGGUCAGCCGAUCCAGGUGGAUGCCUGGCAGAAGGCGGAUCCCCCUGCGGAGUCGUGA